GUACUCUAGUGGGGCUCAUCAUCCGUCAGAUGCGUUCCAUUGGCCGUUUUCUGACAAACGAUCGUACUGUGGACGCGUUGUAGUACGUGUAAGAACGACCCAUUGUCCAUUCCUAGCUCGAGAUUGAUAAGCGCUUAUCUCCAUCCUGCUUGGACCCUGCUCCAUUGGGCUUUUGAGUCGGUUACGCGCUGUGCUGUAAAUAACCCACGAUAACGAUCGACCAUCGAUAACGGUCAGUCGCUGCGGAUCAGGCAUCAAAAAGGGGAGCAACGUGUGCCGCGCUAUCUGUUGGCGUUCGAAGUGCGCGUUAAUCUUAUUGCUUUAGUCCAGCCCUAGUUGCUACGACCCCCUCCGGAGGUCCGGUUCCGGCGAUCAGUGAGUCUAGAGCGUCCGUGGCAGUUGGUCAGGAGGUGAAUAAUCGCAGCAAGACGCAUACAUCCCAGUAGUGAAAAGAAACGCACUUGGAAAGCGAAAGUACACGAAACCGUUUACUUGCAAAUCGUACGUGGUAGCAUAAACCAUCCCAGCAUGCCUUCGAACAGUGGAACAGUCAACAAAGACUUGCAGGCGGAGCGAGACAAGUGCACGUUCAACAAUGAAGAGUUUACCCUCUGGUGGGUUGGAGGCGAAACAAAGCUGAAAGAGAAACGUUUCCGCGAGGACUUCUUUCUAAAUGACCCGGAGCUGCAGGAGAAGGUGCCUCUGCACUUCCUAUCCCACAAGGAACUGUACGAGGAGUCGGUGCGGAAGGCAACCGUUGCGUUCCGUAAGGUUCGCAAGAUGCAGGAAAUGGGACAGGAUGGCGUGGACAACUACUCUGCUUUGCUUGGAGGACUGCUCGGGACCGGUAUCCUAAAGCAGGGCAACCCACUAACCGUACACUAUGUGAUGUUCCUGCCAGCAAUUCUCGGACAUGGAACACCGGAGCAGCAGGCAGAAUGGUUUGGACGGGCGUGGAACUGUGAAAUCAUCGGAACGUACGCACAAACCGAACUCGGUCAUGGAACCUUCCUUCGGGGGCUGGAAACAACGGCUACGUAUGACGAGAAGACGAAAGAGUUCGUCCUCCAUAGUCCGACGCUGACGGCUUACAAAUGGUGGCCGGGAGGAUUGGCCCAUACCGCCAACUAUUGCGUCGUGAUGGCCCAACUCUUUUCGAAAGGAAAGUGCCACGGUAUUCAACCGUUCAUCGUACAGCUGCGCGAUGAAGAAUCGCAUAUGCCACUGAAGGGAAUCACGAUCGGCGAAAUUGGCAACAAGCUCGGCAUGAACGGUGUCAACAAUGGUUUCCUGGGUUUCGAUCAGGUUCGCAUUCCGCGCAAAAACAUGCUGAUGAAGAACGCGAAACUGCUGGAGGACGGCACGUUCGUGAAGCCACCAUCGCAAGCCCUCACCUACGGUACGAUGAUGUUCGUACGGGUGGUGAUCUGUCGCGAUAUGGCGGCAUACCUUUCGAAGGCCGUCACCAUUGCUAUACGCUACUCGGCUGUCCGUCGUCAGAGUCACAUCAAUCCCGAUCAACCGGAAGUUCAAGUAAUCGACCAUCUAACGCAGCAGUACAAGCUGUUCCCGGCGCUGGCAAAGAGCAUCAUCUUCAAGCUGGCCUCGGAUAAUCUGUGGGAAAUGUACAACCAGGUUACGUCCGAGCUGGACAAGGGUGAUCUUGAGCGUCUACCGGAACUGCACGCUAUCGCCUGUUGCCUGAAAGCGAUCACCACCGCAGACGCGGCAACGGGCGUGGAGGUGUGUCGAUUGGCGUGCGGUGGCCACGGAUACAUGACGUGCUCGAACUUCUACGGCACUUACGGUAUGGUGACGGCAGCCUGCACCUACGAGGGAGAGAACACCGUACUUUUGCUGCAAACCGCCAGAUAUCUGCUUAAAGCGUGGCAACAGGCGCAACGCGGCCAAGAGCUCGUACCAACGGUUCAGUAUCUUGCUCGCUUUUUGAGCAGCAAUAAUCGGCGCGUGGAUUGGGAUGAUUCGAUCGGUGGAAUUAUACGAUCGCUGCAGACUGUUGCUGCCGGUAAGCUUCGGCUGGCCGCGGAACACAUCGAGCAACGUCAGAAGGCUGGUGCUACGCAGGAGGAAGCAACUAAUCAGACCUCGAUCGAGCUAGCACGAACGGCAGACGCCCAUUGCCGAGCGUUCCUUGUGCAGUCCGGACAUGAAAUGAUCGAGAAGGCCUGCCAAACGGCUUCACCCGAGUUGGCCCGCGUGUUGCGUUCGGUGUACUUCCUGUACGCUUACGAUGAGGCACUAAAAGCACUCGGGGAUCUGCUGAGAUUUACGACGAUUUCGGAAAGCGAUAUUAAUCGGUUGCAAGCCAAGCUGGAAGCGACGUUGGCGGAAUUGCGCCCCAAUGUAGUCGGUAUCGUCGAUUCGUUUGACCUUCCGGAUGACGUUCUGGGAUCGCCGCUUGGAGCUUACGAUGGCAACGUAUACGAGCGAUUGUACGAGGAGGCCAAGAAAAGUCCCCUGAAUCAGGAACCGGUGAACCAAUCAUUCCACAAGUAUUUGAAACCAUUCAUGAAAUCCAGCCUUUAAGAAGGAGUAUUUGAAACCUUCCGCAUCCAUGGUGAUAGAUUUAAUUUCCAUAAUAUUAAUUCAGUAGAUUCUAAACCUUUUCUUGUAUACCGUUCAAUUUCACCGGCGUUAUCUGAGACUAAAGUGUGGGCGCAUUUGUGGAGAGUUUUUAAAUAAAUAUACACACUUUUUGUGGUACGG